GCCGCGGCCAGGGACAACUAGCCGCGCCCCAGAGUUCUUCGCGUACAGGUGGCAGCCUCGUCCCGCGGCUACUCUAGAAUUCCCGCGAGAGGCCUGUGGGACCUCGGCUCGGGCUUCUAUGGCUGCUGCUGCAGUGGCGGCACUGCUGGCCGCACUGGGUGGGACUCUGUGGCUGGCGGCCCGGCGGUUCGUGAGGCCCAGCGUCCAGCAGCUGCAAGGAGGCGGGAACGGGAAGACCGUUCUGAUGCACGGAAAGACAGUGCUGAUCACGGGGGCCAACAGCGGCCUGGGCCGUGCCACGGCCGCCGAGCUGCUGCGCAUGGGGGCGCGGGUGAUCAUGGGCUGCCGGGACCGCGGGCGUGCGGAGGAGGCGGCGGCUCAGCUCCGCCGCGACCUCCUCCUGGCUGGGGGCCCCGAGCCGGGCCCCGACGCCGGCGGGGCGGAGCAGCUCGUCAUCAAAGAGUUGGACCUCGCCUCGCUGCGCUCCGUGUUUUCAAUGUGCCAUGAACUCUUCCAAGAAGAGCCUCGACUGGACGUCUUGAUCAACAAUGCAGGCAUCUUCCACUGCCCUCUCAUGAGAACGGAAGAUGGCUUCGAGAUGCAGUUCGGAGUGAACCAUCUGGGGCACUUCCUGCUCACUAAUCUUCUCCUUGGACUCCUCAAAAGUUCAGCUCCCAGCAGGAUUGUGGUAGUUUCUUCCAAACUUUAUAAAUACGGAGACAUCAACUUUGAAGACUUGAACAGCGAACAAAGCUAUAGUAAAAGCUUCUGUUACAGUCGGAGCAAACUGGCUAACAUUCUCUUUACCAGAGAACUAGCCCGCCGCUUAGAAGGCACAAAUGUCACCAUCAACGUCUUACACCCUGGUGUCGUGCGGACUAAUUUGGGGCAGUACAUACACAUUCCACUCUUGCUCAAACCCCUUUACCACUUGGUGUCAUGGGUUUUUUUCAAAACUCCAGCAGAAGGUGCCCGGACCUCUAUCUAUUUAGCCUCUUCACCUGAGGUAGAAGGUGUGUCGGGAAAAUACUUUGGGGAUUGUAAAGAGGAAGAACUACUGCCCAAAGCCAUGGAUGAGUCUGUGGCAAGAAAACUCUGGGAUGUGAGUGAGAUCAUGGUUGGCAUAUUAAAAUAAGAACAAAGUGUGAGAGAGCUAUUUAUAAAACUGGGUGUCAGAUCGGCGAUCAGGAAUGGAGUGUUUUGAGCACUUGCUACUUGAAAACAAUUUUGGUCUUAAAAUAGUACAGCUAAGGUAUAUAUGGAUGGUUUGAUGUUAUGAAAAAGUUAUGUUUUGGAGAACAAAAUUUCAGAAAAGAUGUUAUAUAUAAUAAGCAUAGCCAAUAAGUAUAAUGAACAAUUAUAUUUUUUAAAUUAUAAUUAAAAAGCAUGGAUUACAAAUAUUAACUCAGUUUGAGAAGUUUUUAAAAUAUCUUUGCGUUUCAUGGCCAAAGUGUUAAAUAUUUUUAUUACAGUGUUGGUUUCUGUGUGGGAAUAAAUGCCUGGUGUGUAUGCACAAUUCUUAGAAUAAAUUUACUGAUGCAAAUUCUUAA